AUGCCGGUUGUGGAGCCUGUAGCGCUGCCAUGUUGGGUGGCUUCCAUGAUAGCAGAGGCGCUGAGGGCUGAUGAAGCCUUGUCGCUGAGCCGUGCAGACAGCAAGUGGUGCGUCGAACUGGCGCAACCUACCAUUUGGCAAAGAUAUCUGAAUGGACCGCCUGAUCUGCUUGCCCGACCAGUGCUUUCAGACGGCAAUGCCGGGGCGCUGUUCACUGGACCGUCAGUCCACCCCGAGAACUACCGCGCCAUCGUGGCUGCGUUGCGGCAGCCUGGUUGGUUCCGGCACUACAAAGGAAUGAAGCAUCUUGCAGCUUCCGGCCGCUUCAGCAGCCCGAAAGGGCUGAACCGUGGAGUGCUGAGACGACUCCGACAGCAGCUGAGGAGCGAUGAACUCGGCAAGCAGCUCAGCAAAGCGAGCAAGCGCAAGCGGCAAUCUUUGGAGCUGGAGCUUCAGAAAAUCAAUCGCCAGCGGCAGCAGAUGCGCCUUGACGAGUGUGGCUUUUCACGGUGUGGGGCACCGCCGCAAUCUGACCAUGUACAGUGA